AUGGUGCAUUCUGUUGAGUACAGAAGAAAAUUAAGAAAUUCUAGGAAGAAGCGAAAACGAGCUGAACGAUCAAUUGCGCGAUUCAAGGUUAAAGGAGAAGCGGAGGUAAAAAAAAAGAGUAGAUGCUACAGUCAGCUUAAUUCGAAAUGAUUUCGAAAAGCAGAAACGUAUUGCCAUCAAAUAUUAUAAUAAGUGGAAGCAAUGUAUGCUCAUUGUCAAUAAGACUACAUCUUUAAAGGUAAACAAGCACAUUAAUAUAUGAGGAUAGGGAUAGGGUUUUGUACAUUGACUACCACCACUGAGUACUACCAGUGGUGAAUUUAGGGAAGGGGUGCAGGGGGGUGCGCCCCUCCAGGCUCUGGUCAACAGGGGUGCAUGGGGAGUGCAAAAAUGGCGUUUAUCCUAAUUGGCUGUGCCAAUGGGCUUGCUGAGACUGCUUUACUAUUUUGGUACAAUAUGCUAUGCUGAAAUUGAGUAUAUUUAACAUUUUGUAUAAAUUUAAUUACAAGAACAACCUAGAUUUUACUUGAUUUUUACUUGGUAACUUGGGGAUUGGCAAUGGUAGCUGAUAAGGCCUAUGGAAUUGAAAUAUCAGUUUACAGCAACCCACAGUCACCUGCCUGUGCAAGUCUUAGACCCCACAUUAAAUUUUCACUGUUUCAUAUUUUUCAAUUAUUUCUAAUGCUAGUUAAUUUAAAUACUUUAAAGGGGAAGUCAAGUCCGUUCUGCGCAUCGGUUCUGCGCAUAACAAUGUGAGGACCUCUAAUGUAAAAAUUGUCCAAAUUUUGAAUGUUUCGAAUUUUUCUGAACAUAAACUUUAUUUCAUAUUCAUUUAGAAGCAUAGCGAACCAAAAUGGUGUUAGAUAUUCAGACAGUACAUCAUAUUUUAAAAAAUACAGCAGUUCAAAAUGUAAACAAACCAUUUGUUUACAUUACAGACUUGACUUGCCCUUUAAUAGUUAACUACAAACAUGCUGAAAUCCUAAAUUAAAACAUGAAUAUUGUGUAAAAGAUAGAUUUAAGAUGAUGUACAGUCUGUUUGUGAGAGAUUGGUAUUACUGUAUAUUUAAUUUUGCUAAUUUCAAUUGUAAUAGGCUUCAACAGGAAUGCAACAGCAAAAAUGGAGCCAGAUGAACUGGAAGAUGCUUCACCAUGCAUUGGCUCUGGAAGCUUUGGGCAAUGUCGCACAUGGUACUACUCACGAUUUGGUAUACAUGUUGUUGAGAAAAUUAUACCAGAUUAAGUGAGAGUUCUGUUUAUCAAGAAGCACUCUAUCAGCAAAUGCUUGCACAUAGAUGCGUGCCUUAUAUUUUUGGAAUUAACAGUGCCAGAAAGCCAUACUCUUUAUUUAUGGAGUUUGUUGGAAAAGAUUUGCAGUCACUGACAGUACACAAACUUUUAUAUGAUAACCAAUCCAUGAAACUCAUUGGAGGUAUGUCGGUGCUAGACUGGUUCAGAGUAUGUUAUGAUAUUGCUGAUGCAUUGCAUCACAUCCAUGAAAAAGGAUAUCUUCAUUGUGACAUUAAAACAAACAAUGUUCUUGUGUCCCAUAAGAAAUCUGGGUAUCUGAUUGACUUUGGCAAGGUGAAACCAACUGCGAAUCCACCAGCAAAGAAGUAUGCAAAGGCUAACAAUUACAUUGCUCCAGAGGUUUUGACGGGUAAGCCACCAAGUCCUGCAAGUGAUGUAUAUUCGUUUGGAAUUAUUAUUAAGGCCAUUGGCGAAACCAUUGAAGAUAGCACAUUGCUUGAACUUGGAAAACAAGCCUCGUCUGAAAUGCCUACACAAAAGCCAAGCACACUACAACUUUUGUCAGCUUUAAAUCCAUAUAUACAGGCAGCUAGUGCACCUAAUAUGAUACAAGAAAAGCUUUAA